AUGUUACACUUCUCCAAGAAGCACAAGACCCCCAUCAGCACUUACACCGAUUCCUACCGCCCGCCGUGCUCCGUCAAAAAGAUCUUCCGAGACCAGACUCCGCAGCUCUGGAAAGAAAACAAGUUUGUGACGCAGGGAUUAAGGAUGCCUCCAGUGCAAAAUCCAGCGAGCCAAGGUCAGCCCGAGGUGCUGAUCAAGGCAGCGAUGCAGGAGCGCUACAGGAACACCAACACCGCUGCCUACUGGCCUGAGAAGCACCGGCUGGCCGGGUCCAAAGAGAAGUACAAGCCGUAUUUUGUCAAUGAGGACAAACACAUCACCUGGAGAGCAGGUCCCUACAACAGCGCAGCCUGGAAGGGUCCCCGGCCCAAGGAGACAAGGAUGGAGACCUUCCCGCACAGCGCAGCCAUGCUGUGCCCCCUGAAACCCCCCUGCCUCUACCAAUGUGAGGGAGAGGUGGCCACCGACACGCUGCACAGGCUGCCCAUGUACACCGCGGCGAGGAGGGGGCCCUUCCAGGGCUACUACAGCCCCUGCUCUGGGCGCCACUACUGCCUGCGAGAGAUGGACUACUCCGCUGAUGAGGGCCCUGCCAUCAGCAGGCACCUCUGCGCUUCAGGGGAGAGGGAUGAGUACACCAUGCAGCAUGUACAGCCCCACAGCAAUAUUGUGUAUGUCUACACAUCGCCCCCAGCCCACCUUCUCAUACAGGAGCCAUAG